AUGGCUUCAUCGUCAUCACAUAUUGUUCUACGUACGCAUGAUGAAGUAUAUUUAGUUGAAAAUGUGAACAACCAAAUCGUUGGCAGUAAGUUACCAUCUAUCAAACAAGUUUUGAGUGUGCUAUUUUAUAAUUUGAGACAUGUAAAAUUAAAUUUGCGGGAAAGAGCAAGAUUGGUAUAUAAAGAAAUAGUACUAUUUUGGCAAAAACCGAGAAUACAAGUUCGAGAUGAGCAGCAUUGUAAUUUAAAAUUGGAAAAAUUAUAUCAAAACUUACGAGAGUUACAAAAAUCGGCUAAAAGAGCAUCAGAAAAAAAUACUAUAAAUGUCAGUGAGUUCAAGGAAAAAUUAAAUAACUUAUUAGAUGUAUCUCAUUCAAAUGCAUUAAGUAUGAUGAAAAUUGAGGAAGAUAAAAAAUUUUUACUAAUGCAAAGAGAAAAAGGAAGACCGGGAUGCAUGUUGGGAACUGAUAGAAAUUUGGCAAAAAAAGAAAACAGGGCCUAUGUCAAUUUACAAAAAAACGAAAAACGUCGAAAAAGAGCGAAAAUAAAAAUUGAACAAUUAGAUCACACCGUACAAAUAGAUUUCAAUACUGAUAACAAUUCAACUGAAGAAGAGGUUGAUAUAGAAGAAGAAGACAUAAUACCAAGUCUACCAAGUUCAUCAUGUAGUAAGAAACAGAGAGGAUCAAGAGAUUUUAUGACUCCUAAACUACUCGCUACAUUAGAUAAAUGUAAGUUGAGUGAUCGCGAUGCUGUUCAUAUAAUAAUAUCAAUUACUGACGCCCUAAGCAUAGGCGUGUCCAGACAUUUUGGACCGGAGGGGCAUACAUGGAACGAAGGGACAUGUCAUCCGGAAAUUAUUUUAAACAAUGUAAAUUGAGGAUGAGGCAUAUUG